UGCUCAAAGAAGCGCUCGCGCAGUGGGCGACUUCAUCCCUUACUGCAGUUACGGAACGGUAACCACGGCACAAAUGUGACGAUGGGGAAGCGCAGCUCGUCCAAAUUACGGAUUAAUCCCAGUGCGAUUGUCAGUCGGUAUUAAAGAAAAACAAAUCCAGAGAUAGGUAUGAUGAAGAUUGUAAUAAACAUGCAACCGAGCGCGUUGAUCGCUCUCAUCAGAUGCUGAUGAUGAUGGUCGCGCGACCUGCGUGAUUUCCUCCCGCUGGCCCUUCCUGGUUCCUUUGCAUCACCUUAUCUGAGACCCAGCAAGCCUGACAGAAUGAUUGAAGAGGGAAGUAAAAGCAGUAAGGCCAUGGUGGAGAAGAGACAGCUCUUCAUGGAGAUGAGGGCACAGAACUUUGAUGUUAUUCGUCUCUCAACGUACAGGACGGCAUGCAAGCUGCGAUUUGUUCAGAAGAGAUGCAACCUUCACCUGGUGGACGUGUGGAACAUGAUCGAAGCCUUUCGUGAUAAUGGCUUGAGCACAUUAGACCACAAUGCCGAAAUUAAUGUGUCACGCCUGGAGACCAUUCUGUCCUCCAUCUUUUACCAGCUGAACAAACGGCUGCCCACCACCCACCAGAUAAACGUGGACCAGUCCAUCGGUCUGCUGCUAAACUUCAUCGUGGCUACUUAUGACAGUGAAGGCCACGGAAAACUUACAGUGUUUGCCAUGAAGGCCAUGUUAGCUACCAUGUGUGGGGGUAAAAUACUUGACAAAUUACGUUAUAUAUUUUCCCAGAUAUCAGAUUCCAACGGGGUGAUGAUCUUUGCCAAGUUUGAUCAGUUCCUGAGGGAAGUGCUGAAACUCCCUACGGCAGUGUUCGAGGGACCUUCAUUCGGUUACACCGAGCACUCUGUGAGAACAUGCUUUCCUCAGCAGAAGAAGAUCUUGCUGAAUACGUUUUUGGAUGUGUUGAUGGCAGAUCCACCUCCGCAGUGCCUCGUUUGGCUACCUCUCAUGCACCGACUCGCUAAUGUAGAGAACGUCUUCCAUCCAGUGGAAUGUUCAUAUUGCCAAAGUGAGAGCAUGAUGGGUUUCCGGUACCGCUGCCAGCAGUGUCAUGGUUACCAGCUUUGUCAGAGCUGCUUCUGGCGUGGUCAUGCCAGCGGUCCCCAUAGCAACCAGCACCAGAUGAAGGAGCACUCUUCAUGGAAGUCUCCAGCAAAGAAACUCAGUCAUGCCAUCAGUAAAUCUCUGGGCUGUAUGCCAAUCGGAGAGCCUCCUCACCCAGUUUUCCCAGAGGCAGCUGAAAGACCUCAGGACCUGGUGCACACUCGGCUGCAGUCGGUGCCCAACAGCAUGAAUGAUACCAUUCUCAUUUCCUCUGGGGCGCCCGCGCCUUCCAAAAGUAGCACUCUGGAGAGUCCUAGCAGACUGGAUGAAGAACAUCGUCUCAUCGCUCGAUACGCCGCUCGCCUGGCGGCGGAGGCCAGCAACUCCACUCAAUGCCCUCCAACAGAUCUGAGUUUUAACUUUGAUGCUAACAAGCAACAGAGGCAGCUCAUCGCAGAGUUAGAGAACAAAAACAGAGAGAUCCUGCAGGAAAUCCAGCGUCUGCGUCUUGAACAUGAACAGGCAUCACAACCCACCCCUGAGAAAGCCCAGCAAAACCCCACUUUACUGGCAGAGCUGCGACUGCUACGGCACAGAAAGGACGAGCUGGAGAGACGCAUGUCAGCCCUGCAGGAGAGCAGAAGAGAGCUGAUGGUACAGCUGGAAGGUCUCAUGAGACUUCUAAAGGAUGAAGAGCAGAAACAGGCAACUCAAACAGGGGGUUCGCCCCACUCGUCUCCCAGCCACAGUGCCGGUUGCACCAUGCCUAUGCCCAUCCGCUCCACCUCGGCCGGCUCAACCCCCACACAUACGCCGCAGGACUGCCUGGCAGGGGUCGGGGAUGAUGUGCUGGAUGCCUUCUCUCAGGGUGUACCAAGAAAUCUCCGUAAUGAUCUUCUGGUGGCAGCAGAUUCGAUCACCAACACCAUGUCAUCACUAGUGAAAGAACUUCACUCAGUGGAUGAUGGGCUGGAGGAGGAAGAGGAGCACAUGCGAAAUGGAAGGGAUAAAGUGUCAUCACUGAAGCAUUCUGGGAAAAGGCACUCCACCCCUUCAUACUAAGCACCUGGAUGGGAUUGGAAAGAACCAGCAUUCUGGCAUUAGCACACAGACCGAUGCAUGCUCUUCCCCAACUGGAUUUCACUAUGUGAAACAAACUCUUCAUCACACCUUGCACAAAGCAAGUUGUAUUUAUUAGAACGUAUAUAUAUAUAUAUAAAUCUAUACAUAGCUCUAUAUGUUUCUCUGUAUAAAGUCAUUGUUAUCAUGUUACCCAUGACUUUAAAGAAUGGCUUGUUUGUGCUUUCUUAAAAAAAACAACGGCACUGUGCAUCUUCACGACGUCACCGGGACCAUCAGAUUGAUCUUCGCUGUAGACAUUUUUCACUUUUUUUCUACGACUAGUGAUGAUUCUUCUGUGUUUAAGUUGUAAUGCAUGGAUCGGCUCUUCUGAUUAGAUGGAGAGGGCUUGUGUUUGCUCUGCAUGUGGCGUUUUUUCCGACCGACGUGUGUGGUGCCUGCUACGUCACUUCCUGUAGUCUAAACAUUUGAGUGUCACUCUGGAAACUGCUGCUUCUGCACUACACGCAUCAAAAUCUUCAUAUAUCAGGGAUGUCUUGUAGAGUUCAACGUCUGUCUGCGAUUUCUGCUAAGUUUUGCCCGUCGUUGUGAACGUCGUUUUUUUGAGCUUUGGGCUUAGUUUAGAUAUUCGCUUAGGUAUCCUCAAAGUUCUCAGCUAUUUUCGGAGAGCGUAAGGGGACUUUAUUGGAACGUGGAUGUAUAGUCCAUCUAUCCAUAAACCAGCUUAGCCAGCCAUUUUUGCGUGCACACGUCUCUCUGUAAAAGUUAUUUCAAAAGCUUUAUUGAGUUAACGUUGUCGUGUACGCUUGUGUAAUAUAAAUGAAACCAGUGCUCAGGGAUUGUCGAAAGAGGGGAGUGCGGUAGCAACACUUGUGAACAAAAGGGUGGGAUAUUCUUUAAGGUCAUAUGAGGUCAAAAAUUAGCACAGAUCGUGACAAAUUUUAUGGAGGUACUGAAACAGCUGACGGGGGUGAAAGCAACGGUGUUGUGCAUUGGAGAUGGAAAUGCAGUGUUAGGAACUUCAAGCUUUAUUGUCACAAUGAAGGUUAUAGGAUAAACUUACUGUACUUGAAUAAGAAGGUAUUCAGGUUUAAUAAUUAUUACAUUUAUUGAAUUAUGUAAUUGUGUUAUAAUUGUGCUUUGUUCUAUGUCAGUUGGGUUUUAAAUAAUAAUAAUAAUAAUUAAUAUUAUUUAAAGUACGUUUUGUUUAUGACUGCUAACAUUUGAAUGUUAAAAUAGAUCGAUCCAUCUAUUAAGCUUUAUAAUGUGAAGUUUGAUAUGUUUUUACACAUACAUGAAGGACAAAACACUGUUUAUUCAUUUUUUAAAAGUUGAAUAUGGAGGUGUCUCGAAUGAUUUAAAGGAACAGUAUGUAAGAAAUUUAUAUCAAUUAAUCAUAAAAUGGCCCUAAUAUGUCCCCAGACAUUAAAGGAAUAUUCCAUUUUCUUAAAAGAAAAAUCCAGAUAAUUUACUCACCACCAUGUCAUCCAAAAUGUUGAUGUCUUUCUUUGUUCAGUCGAGAUGAAAUUAUGUUUUUUGAGGAAAACAUUGCAGGAUUUUUCUCAUUUUAAUGGACUUUAAUAGAGCCCAACAUUUAAUACUUAACUCAACACUUAACAGUUUUUUCAACGAGUUUCAAAGGUCUAUAAACGAUCCCAAAUGAGGCAUAAGGGUCUUAUCUAGCGAAACGAUUGUCAUUUUUGACAAGAAAAAUAAAAAAUAUGCUCUUUUAAACCGAAACUUCUCGUCUAGGUCUGAUCCAGCGCAACCUAACGUAAAUGCGUAGUGAGGGAGGUCACGUGUUACAUAUAUAAAACGCACAUUUGCGGACCAUUGUAAACAUUAAACUGACACAAAGACAUUAAUUAGUAUCAGUUGACAUACAACAACGUAGGAACGGUUCUCUUUCUCCACACUUGUAAACACUGGGGCGGAGUUUCGCGUUCGUGACCAUUGCGUGGGGUCACUUCACGCAUCACGACCUGAUCUAGAUGAGAAGUUGUUGUUUAAAAGUGGAUAUUUUUUAUUUUUCUUAUCAAAA